AUGAGUACAUCAUCUGCUAAAGUCAAUGAGUUUACUGCCUUAUACAACACAACUGCGGGUAGCGACAGUCUGGAAUCAACACUCGGCAGAGGCAUUGGUCAAUAUCCAGGGACUGAGCGACCUUCGAAUGUCUACGAUGCUGAUGUCCAAACAAAAUAUUUGAAUUUUGGACAAUGUAAUAAAACAUACGGUCCAAGUAAUCUCUGCGCUAUUAACACGGGUUUUUAUUUAGUGUUACAAGGCGGACCACUCUUGAUCACUAUAGAUUGCAACUGGAACAUCAUCUACGAGGAUGGUAGCGGUCUUCAGACCGAUCCCGGCCGAAAUACGUGUGGCAUGACACAAUCAAUUAAUAAUUCGAUUUCAUAUCAAAGCUACCGCUUUCUCGUUACAAGCAAACGUUCAAACUCAAACCGUGUUCAAUAUUCUGAAGUCAAAUUGUUCUAA